AUGAGGGGCAGCCUGGGGACCCGGAGCGUAGGCCGAGCCCUCCGGGGAGCAGGAGCCUGUUGUUCUGCGCUGCUGGGGCCGUGCCCCGGGACGGACGCCCCCUCCACCGUUACGCACCAGGCUUUGCCGGGUGAGGGGCGGGGAGAAGCGUUCCCAGACUGGCGUCUGUCGCCUUGGCAACCGGGGACCCCCAGGCGAACCGCUAAUUGGUACCCGUUUCCCGCAUCCCCCCGUGGUGCCCGCGACCUUUCAUCCGCUGCUCCGUUGGUGGGAGCAUUUUGCUCUCGCCUCCCCCUCAAUCCUCUCCGCGCCGCUGGGCGCCUUUGUCUGCGAUUUCGCAGCCCGGGGAUGCCGGAUGUUCCUGGGGAAGAGACGUUUGGGAGACGCUCUGCGUCUUGUGAGCCGUGCAGAAAAGUUGCUGUUUUAAAGAAUUAUAGAGAAGAACUGAAUUUUGAAAAAAUGCUUGAGACCAUAGACAAAAAUCGGGCCCUGCAGGCAGCAGAGCGCUUGCAGGCCAAACUUCGAGAACGGGGGGAUAUAGCAAAUGAAGACAAACUGAGCCUUCUGAAGUCAGUCCUGCAGAGCCCGCUCUUCAGUCAGAUUCUGCACCUUCAGACUUCUGUACAGCAGCUGAAAGACCAGGUAAACACUGCAACUUCAUCAACUUUAAGUGUUGAAUAUGGCCACAUUCCUUACCUCAGCUCAGCUGUAAUUUCUACCCUGCAAAAUGAAUCGUUUUUAUUAUCCCCACAUAAUGGGAAUCUGGAAGCACUUACAGGAUCGAGUAUUCCACACAUCAACGGGAAACCUGCUUGUGAUGAAUUUGAUCAGUUAAUCAAAAAUAUGGCCCAGGGUCGCCAUGUAGAAGUUUUUGAGCUCCUCAAACCUCCUUGUGGAGGCCUUGGGUUUAGUGUUGUGGGAUUAAGGAGUGAAAACAGGGGAGAGCUGGGAAUAUUUGUACAAGAGAUACAAGAGGGCAGUGUGGCGCACAGAGAUGGAAGGUUGAAGGAAACUGAUCAGAUCCUUGCUAUCAAUGGACAGGCACUUGACCAAACAAUUACACAUCAGCAGGCUAUCAGCAUCCUGCAGAAAGCCAAAGAUUCUGUCCAGCUAGUUAUUGCCAGAGGCUCAUUGCCUCAGCUUAUCAGCCCUAUGGUGUCCCGUUCUCCAUCGGCAGCCAGCACGAUUUCAGCUCACUCUAAUCCGGUUCACUGGCAGCAUGUUGAAACUAUUGAAUUGGUGAAUGAUGGAUCUGGUCUGGGAUUUGGCAUCAUAGGAGGAAAAGCAACUGGUGUGAUAGUAAAAACCAUUCUGCCUGGAGGAGUAGCUGAUCAG